UAAAUUCAUAUUUGAGUAGAAUCAUAUAUAGGACAGAGGGUUCCCUGGAGUUUGAAAGUAAAAAAAAAAAAUGUCAACGACCGUGGAUGUCCCAGAAUCCAGCAAUGUUGGUAAAGGAAAAGCAGUUGCAGUUGGAAGGCCAGGAGGGUGGAAGAAAGGGUUAGCCAUAAUGGACUUCAUUCUAAGGUUGGGUGGCAUAGCAUCUUCUCUUGGUGCUGCAGCAACUAUGGGAACAAGUGAUCAAACGCUCCCUUUCUUCACUCAGUUCUUUCAGUUUGAAGCUAGUUACGAUAGCUUCACUACUUUUCAGUUUUUUGUGAUUACAAUGUCACUGGUGGCUGGGUAUCUUGUCCUGUCACUACCCUUCUCAGUCGUAGCCAUCAUACGCCCUCAUGCAGCUGGACCAAGGCUUUUCCUCAUCAUCCUAGACACAGUGUUUCUGACUUUGGCCACAGCUAGUGGUGCUUCGGCAGCUGCAAUCGUUUACUUGGCACACAACGGCAAUCAAGACUCCAACUGGCUUGCCAUCUGUAACCAGUUUGGAGACUUUUGUGCCCAAACCAGUGGAGCUGUGGUUGCGUCCUUCGUCGCUGUGGUUAUCCUUGUGCUUCUCGUUAUUAUGUCUGCUUUGCUCCUCAAAAGACACCAAAGUUAAUUAAGAUCUAAUCGUGCAGGGACUAUACCUUUACCUGCAUUAUACUUAUCAGUCUAAUGUUUGGUUCUUCUUUUUUUGUUCACUUUAAUUUCCUUUUAAGAUGUGUUCCUGAUUAUUUCCAAUGAUUUUCUAAUGUCUCAAGUUUGAGCCUAUCCCAUGUUCAAUUUAUUUCA